UUACGCAGCGUCCGCUUCCUCGGUGGCCUUUGUGGCUUCCUCGUCAUUCUGGCUUCCGUGGUAUUUGGAGUACUGGUGUCAGGAGUGGACCAAGACGUCGCCGCCGAUGGAAGUACAGUGGGACUCACUCUUAGUUCAUCCAUGGGGAUCCCUCUUCUUAUCAUCGGUGCCACUACAAGUGUGUUUGUGUUCACGCAAACGUUCGUGUCUUUCGAGCGCUGCCUUGAAUACACGCUACUCAGUCCAGAGGCAGACGGAGAUCAGCAUAGUUUCUUCGAUAAAACAAGGAAGGUACACGGAUCCCCUUGCGACCUGCUUACUUCUUGCAAUAUGAUACCGGCAGACGCUUCAUGGCCAACUGACGGGAGAGUGGAGUUUGACCACUACACAGCGUCGUACAAACCAGGAAUUGUGCCUGACGCACUCGCCGACAUUUGCUUCACAGCUGAACCCCGUGAAAAGGUUGGAAUUGUCGGUCGCACCGGUGCCGGAAAGUCAUCGCUAUUUAUGGCUAUUCUUCGGGUUCUGAAACCAACGCAUGGAAGCGUACGCAUUGACGGCGUCGACAUCGCAUCCGUUCCUCUGGAGAAGCUGCGCUCUGUCGUCACCGUGAUACCGCAGGACCCAAGUCUGAUGCAGGGUACACUGCGGGAUGUUUUGGACCCCACUCGCUGCCAUUCUUACGAGGAAGUAUGGCUGGCAUUGCACCAAGUAUACUUGGCCAAGUUCGUUUCGUGUCACCCAGACAACGUAAUGCUGCGUGUGGAAGACGGUGGGAAAAACCUCAGUGCUGGCCAGAGACAGUUGGUGUGUCUCGCAAGAGCUCUUCUUCGGCGUCCCCGCGUGCUCCUAAUGGACGAGGCCACGUCACACAUGGAUAGCGACACGGACAGGCUCGUUCAAAGCACUCUGCGACAGAGCUUUACACACUGCACAGUACUGACUAUCGCCCACAGGCUGGACACUGUGCUCGACUACGACAAGAUCCUGGUGAUGGAAGAUGGACGGAUGGUUGAGUUUGGGCCGACACAAUUGCUAGCUUCGAGUCAGCAGUCAGCCUUCCAUGGAAUGCUGCGGCAAGCUGGACUGGCUAGAAGUUUUAGUGAACCGUCUGAGUGUGAUUUGUAGGGCGUAUCGCGCUGGCCGUUAACUCGAUUAUCGCA